AUGGCAGCAAUGCGACAGAGUUUUCGUCAUUCUCUGACCACUCUUUUCUCUUCUUCCUCAUUCUCGUGCGUUUCCCGGCCCGGGCACAACUGCCAACUCACACCCGUUGGAUGUUUAAUGGGACUCUCGUCUGUCCGUUUCAAUGCACAAACGCUCGCGGCGGACCACAACCCGCCCGCCGCUGCAUCGCACUACUGUACUCCGUACGAAUACUCCGUACGUUCCUCUCCAUCAUUUCCUUCUCACAGACUGUCACUCUCCUUCUGGGACCCCCGGAACGUCUAUCCCUGCCUCCUUGAUAUUAAUAGCGCUGCUUUUGAUAUACCCGCUCAAAGUGCCGGCCGUUCUCCCAUUCUCAUUCCCAUCCCAUCUCGGAUUCAGUACCUGCCUUGUCCGGCGUGUCGUCUCUAGCGUGACGAUACUCCAUAGCCCAUACUCCGUACCCAGGGGAGAGGACCGCCGCAUAUGCCAACCUGCGGCCUGCUCUGCCUUACCUUAUCAUCUCCAAGCAACUCGUCUUUCCAACCCCAGCUUCAUCCCCCCAUGUCAGGCCACGAAAGGAGCCCCAUAUCGCCAGAUAACCCUACGGGCUGCACUCCGUAGUCCAGAAAAACCAAGGCAGCCGAGGAAAGCUUUGGGCGUAUUUCAGCUCACGCGCACCGUCGCCGUCCGUCCGUUUACCGAUCCCACGUCGAGUCUGUGAUCCUCAACACCCUAGAAAGAAGCAUUGACGACCAAGAAGUUGGCCGACUCUAGAAUCUCGAUGCCCAAUUGCCGCCAACAAUGCCCUCUCAUUCCCGUCUUCCCAACAAUGGACAACGCAUUUGCCAUCUCAUUUACUUUUUCCCCCAUGGCCCAUCCGUCCGCCUCGGUUUCGAUUUCUUCUUUCACUAGUAUUGAAAAAAGUUUGCCUCUACGUGCGAAAGCU